ACUGGAGAAUUGGAAGGAUCUGCUCUGCCAUGAAUCUGCUGUCUUAAAAAUGUUUCUCUUUUCGACUUAAAUUAACCAAAUUUAAAAUUAAAAUUUUGAUAGCAGCCGAGUUACGUGAUGCGAAGGUUGAUCAAAACAUUUGGCCGCAAGAUCUGUCAACUUGGCAGUCGAAAUUCGCAGACUUUGCGGGCAGCUGCACAGUUGAUGGAGCGUGGCGGCAGCCUUAGCACGCCACGCCCACAACAACUGUGGAUCGGCAAUCUCCAUGAAUCUGGCGAAGACAAUGUGAAGAGGAAGUCAAGGCAUAAGGUUCGUUGGGGCAUUGCGCCAGUUACGCUCAUGGCCAAGGAUUUUGCCACUGCAUUGAGUGUCCUUUCUCCCAAUCAUCACUGUAUCACAUCCUGCGUGGACCCCUAUCGAUCACGGGGUCUGCUCUUUGCCGAUAAGCAUCAAGUCCCUAAUGUCUUUACGAGUUUCGAGGAGCUCGCACGAUGUCCUCAUGUCGAUGCCGUUUAUAUCUGUCCGUCGAAUCCCAUGCACUGUGAAUUGUGCCACCUGAUGCUCAACCAUGACAAGCAUGUGUUGUGCGAACAGCCGCUGUGUAUGACUGAGGAUCAGGUGGUGGAUCUGGUUGCCAAGGCCAAGGCUCGUGGCCUGUUUCUGAUGGAGGGCAUUUGGUCACGUUGCCUGCCCGCCUAUAAUUUGCUGCGCCGUGAACUAAAGAGCUCCAAGCUUGGGAGGAUCCAACAUAUGGACUGUUCAUUGGGCUGGCAGUUGUCCAAUGAAUUGGCCAAAAUGGUGGGAUAUGCAGGCGUGACUAAGGAUCUAGCCUAUGCCAUACAGCUGGCACUCUUUGUUUAUCAGGAUGUGCCACAAUCGAUAAGGGUAAAAGGAAAACUAAAUCACGAGGGUAUCGAUGUGGCGGCCAACAUUGAGUUGUUGUUCAAGGACAAUCGAAUUGCUCGAUUGAUGCUCAGCACCGAAGAGCAGCUCAGUAACUUGGUCAUAAUACAUGGCAGCAAGGGAAAUGCAAUGCUAAGUAACUUGUGGUGCCCCGAAUUAAUGGUUUUAAAAAAUGUCGACUAUAAGUUUGUCUUACCUCAAGCCAAAGAGGCCACGGUCUACCAUAAUCGUGUUGGACUUUGUUACGAAGCGGAGGAAGUGCGUCAGUGUAUUCUGAGUGGAUGCACUGAAAGUAAUCUCUUUAAUCACAACGAGAGUCGAUUGAUGGCCAAUUUGACUAACCAAAUACAUGAAAUGCUUUGCGAACCAAAUCAAAAAGAGCAGGAAAUGAAACAAGCACAAGUCAUAUAAAUCGCAUCAUAUUGUAAACCCUUAUUUGCAAAAUUGAAUAAUUGAAAUUAAAAAAGAUAGCCUUA